GUUCCAAUUGGUCUUUGGACAAACCACGUUCUCGACCACUGGACCAAUCGGAAUUGCAGAGACAUCCUGUUCUUGAAGUAAGAAGAUACUGUGAAGGACAUGUCAGGCUGUGUACGUAAAAUCGCCAAUUUCCUGGACCGGAAGCUGACAGACGAUGACGUCAUUCGGAUCACAGAUCACUGCAACGUGAACCAGAUGCGAGAAAACCCGAUGACAAACCUCCAGUACAUACAAAAGUACUCGAAAAUGAGAGAUGGGGUAGGAGCCUUCAUCAACAAAGGUAAGGCAGGAGUCUGGAAGGGGGUGUUGACGUCGGAAAUGAGUGCCAAGAUAGACACCAUGAUGAAGCCGCUCGAAGGGACGGGACUCCAGUACGACUUUCAAUAAUCAAUACACCCUAAUCCAAGAGUAAGGCAUAUAUUGCCAUAUAACAAGUGAUCAUUUGAAACUUUUCAACUUCUGUAUGAGGAAGAAAUGUGUAUGACAUGCAUUUAUUUGUCUGAAAUUCUCGUGCAAGAUUACAACUGUGCCAAUUGAAUAUUUUCAUUAUUACAUUUAUGUGUUAUCCAACGUACAUAAUGUGCCAAUUGAAUAUUUUCAUAGUUACAUUUUAAUACCGCUCAUUUUUGUUGUACAAAAUACAAACGUGACUGUAGAAUGCGUGCCCCAUAGAUAUCACUUUAAUAUAUUUUCCACAACUGAAAAAAAGAAAGUUGUAUUUUGCAAAAAAAAAACAUCGCAAAAACAAUCGGAAUCAAGAAUUUUGUUUAUAAAAUAUUAAGUGGUUUUUAUUUGAACACAAACAUUCAGCACAGUUAGUAUAUGUUAUUUACAGAUAAAAUGACAAAAUGAGAUAAAA